UCUAUGCAUGUCAAUCUCACAAAAGUUAUAUAAACACCAUUAGUUUUCCCUAACAUAAAUUUAACAAAAAAUAACUUGACCUACAUUCAUACUUCCUCAAUGUUUGCAAGCGGUUUUGUGCUCUGUAACUGUGGUGACUUGUUGCGGAUGUGGGAAAACAUUGAGGGGGUUCGACCCCUGCGUGUGGAGGAGGUGAUAAGGCCUCCUCCACAAGGGUAAGCCUUUUCUUUGCCCUGUUUCUUCUCCUUUCAUUCUGCAUUUAUUGCGUUGUGUGUACUGUGUGUGUCGUCUGUUUAGGGAUCGUGUGCGAGGGUUUAUGAGCCUUGAUGGGAGACUCUUCGGGUGGUAGGGCAUUUAAUACUGAGGGCCUGCCAGCAUCGCUUGAAGUGGCCACCAUCAAUAAUGAUAGGUUUUUCAAAGCGGCUUUAAUUGAUUUGCCAUUCUUUGUCCCCUGCAAAGCCAAGUUUGAGGUUCAAAUUUUGUUUGGUUCAUAACGUAAUGGCGACGGAGAAGGAAGAGGUCACUAUUGUAAGUAGAUUGGCAAAGAAAAAGUUUGGGAGUUUCUUGGAGGAUGGGAAUACAAGAAUAUAUGCCUUAGAAAUGCCCCAUAGGCACACUUGGAGCAAGUUCAAUAUGGAAAUAACCCCUUUUGUUAAUGUCUUAGCAUCUUUUAUGCAUGAGAUUAAUGAGGGCAAGAAGAUGGAGAGGGAGUACCUAGCCCAACUGGCAGCCCAUGGAGCAGUCCCUGUCAACAAUGGAAAAACAAUGAUAUGGAUGGAAGGCCCCCUUGGUUGGAUAGCUUGGAUGGACCAAUGAGUCCUUGCUCAUAGUUGUCCCAGAAUGUUGUUUUUGUUAAUGACAUACAGUUCUGCUAGAAUGUUAAUUUUGUAGAAUAUUGUUAUAUUGUACUUUCUCAUAAAUUGAGUCUUUUUUGGUAUGUUGUAAUGAGUCCCUCUCAUAUGACCCGGUGAUGUAUAGUUGGUCAAGUUCUUGUAUAGGAGUCUAACAUUCAAUUUGAUCUUCUGGAUGGACUAGUCUAUUCUUAUUGACAACAUCUUCAUGAUAUCUGUACUAUUUAUUUUUUAUAAUCAAUAUAAAAAAACAUAGGUUUAACACUUA